AUGGCCAGUUCGAGUGGGGUAGGAGGAGGAGGCAGUGAGGAUGUAUUCAAUUUUCAGAUUGAAGAGGAAGAUUUAUCUGAGUUGACAGUCAGCCAUGAGGGAGAAGAAGAGGGGAUUGAUGACAGAUGGUGCCUAGUUGGUAGAUUUUUGUCUCAUCGGGUGAUCGACUUUGAUAAAAUACAAAACAUUUUAGCAUCGUUGUGGCAACCAGGAAUGGGAAUGUUUGUCAAAAAGCUUGAGGAGAACCGAUUUUUGUUUCAAUUCUAUCACGAAGUGGAUAUCCAAAGAGUCAUUAACGGUAGUCCAUGGACGUUUGAUCGGAUGCAGCUAAUCAUUCAACGUUUGCCGGUAGGAGGGGAUCCGAAUAUAAUUCAGUUAAAUCAUCUUGAUAUUUGGGUUCAAAUUCACGAUGUCAAACCUGAUUGUAUGAAAGAAGCUACUGUAAGAGGAGUUGGUAAUACUCUUGGGAAAUUUGUUGAGAAUGAUCCUAACAAUUUCAUAGGUGUUUGGAGGGAUUACCUUCGGGUUCGGGUUACCUUGGAUAUUAAGAAGCCGUUGAGAAGAAGGCUAAAGUUAACGCACGAGAAUGGUAGCUGGUUUUGGGUUCAUUUCAAGUAA